AUGAUUGCUGGCGAUUUCAAUGUCGUCCGGACAAGAGAUGAAACUAAGAAUUACUCAUCUUUCUCGGCCCACAGAAGUUCAGAUUUCUCAGGCUGGAUUCAAGACGAAGGUCUAAUUGAUAUGGGCUUCUCAGGACCUAGCCUUACUUGGGUUAAAAAUGGUAACAAUGAUAACAUCAAAGGUGCCCGGUUAGAUCGGGCGAUGUGUAACUUGGAUUGGCGUAUCAUGUUUCCAGAGGUGACCGUUACACACCUUGCACGACUUGCAUCUGAUCAUGCACCCAUCCUUGUACAGAUCAAAGGCAAAAGGCUUAGCAGACCAAUAGCGUCGUUUGUUUUUCAGGCGGCAUGGUUUACCCGGGAAGACAUCCGCGAUGUUGUGGACAAUACAUGGGAUUCUAAUCAAAACAUAGUGGAUAACUCAAAAGCGCUAGCUGCAGCGUUAUCUGAAUGGAACAAGAACUCUUUCGGCAACAUCUUUAAAAGAAAGCGAAUUCUCAAUUCCCGAAUUGGGGGCAUUCAGAGGGUCCUUGCAGAAAACUUUCAUAAGGGCCUUACAAAGUUAGAGCUGAAGCUUAGGGACGAGUUAGAAUCAACCCUGCAGCAAGAAGAGCUCCUUUGGUAUCAGAAAUCGCGCAAAGAUUGGAUCCACUCGGGGGAUAGAAAUACGGCCUACUACCAUGCUGCAGCAACAGUAUGCAAGUCUCGGGCCUCCGUUCAAACGCUCAUGGACGACCAAGAAGAGUGGCUAACAGACGGGAAGGAUUUGUAG